AUGUGGGCUGGCCAAUGGGAGGCCAACAACAGAAGGGCUAAGAUGGUGGGGAUGUCGCUGAAUGCAUCACAGCUAGGCAACAUGGAAAGGACAGAGCUGGUGCUGAGGUCCCUUAAAGUAUCACAGAGUGCUGGCGGCAGUGCCCAGGAGGCCUCACAGAUGGCUGCUGAACACCGCUCUCUGCAUGGUCUGCACCAAGGCACUGAUGAGAUGAAGCAGCUACUCCAUAUGUGGAGAAAGCUGAUCAUUGGUUAUGUCUUUUGUGCUGGCUGCCUAUGGUACUCAACUGAAGUUAUGUCUUUUGUGCUGGCUGCCUAUGGUAACAUUGGAGAGGUAAAAUACCUGUACUUCAGCAUAAUGCUUUUAUGGUACAUCUCCAUUUGUGUGGCCAACACAUUUCUAAUUGUGGUCAUAUAUAUGGACAGGAGGUUGCAUGAGCCAAUGUAUAUACUAUUAUGUAAUUUAUUUGUGAAUGAAAUAGGUGCCAGCACAUCAAUGUAUCCUUUUCUGCUCUCACAGAUGUUUUCAGAUACCCAUGAAGUGACCCUACCAUGGUGUUUUCUGCAUAUGGGUUGUGUCUAUAUAUCUUCUUCUAUUGAGUUUUGCAGUUUAGCAGCCAUGGCCUACGACAGAUACGUCUCUAUCUGCUAUCCUUUACGUUACAAUGUCAUUAUGAACACAGGGAGAGUAGGUAUGAUUAUUCUUCUUGUAUGGAUGUAUUCAUUUGGUAACUUUAUAUUCUCAUUUUCAGUCAUCAUUCGUUUGACAUUUUGUGGAAAUGUCAUUGACAAAGUGUUUUGUGACUACCACUUAAUAAUUAAACUUGCCUGUUCAGUUUCAAUACUUAACAACAUAUCUGACCUGCUUUUUGUCUGUGUGACUAUUGUUAUUCCAUUUAGUCUCAUUUCAGUCUCAUACAUUAAGAUUUUGACUGUUUGUCUGAAUACCUCAAAAGAAAAUACGCAAAAGGCCAUCACCACCUGCACGCCUCAGAUUGUCUCAGUGUCAAACUUGUUUAUCGGCUGCAUGUUUCACUAUGUGGAUUCCAGGCUUGAUGUGGCCCUGGUACCAGAUAAAGGACGCAUUAUCUUAUCUGUAUAUCUCAUCAUUUGCCAACCAAUGAUCACGCCUUUUAUGUAUGGGUUUUACCUACUGAAAAUAAGACAAUCAUGUAAAAGAUUUCUGUUUAAUAGAAAAUAA